AUGUCCCUUCGUGUCCUCGUCAAGACUCGGGGGGCCUCAAAUUGCUGCCAUUCCUUUGACGUCCCCUUUGUUUCCCGGCAUGCCUCCUUUACACUCCGAGUCCCUCUGUCUGUACUCUCGAGUGAGACGACAGGUCCUCGACGUCUUCUCGAUUUGCACAUGGCUCCCGCGUCGGCGGCGGCGUCGGUAACCCGGACCAUCCGCCGCGUGCUGGCUGCCCGGAACGUAUGGCCAACACCAACCAACCUUGUUCGCUUUUCGUUGGUGUCGCCGAUAUCGACAGAAAAGGGGCAUUCUCAUUACGAACGACAAGUAGUCAGUGCAGCAAAUGAUGACUUCGCCUCUUCGCCUCUCGGAGACGAGAGCCGCACUAGAUACCCGGUCUCCGUCUCCGUCCCUCCCUCUCUGCCUGCGCGCUCGGACAUUGCUGCCUCAGUUGCUUCAGGACGGCGUGAUUCUGCAUCUCGGGCACAGACAGCCUCCCACCCCAUCUCGUUCGAGAUUACGGCCAAGUCACAGACGGGGUCGGUUGGCGACGGUCUCAUGAAUCCUUCUGCCUUACGAGACGGGAUGUCAGGGUCUCGGAUGCUCGCGUCCAAUGCGGUCCGCCUCCAAAGAGCCUAG